UCCAGAGUAAAAUCUAAUCAGUUAUGGCUGCGGACCGUGUGUGGUGUUUUAAAACGAAACCGGUUGAUAAAGAAAAUCUAGCGUGGAACGAAAAACCCUCCUCCGAGCAGUAUUGAGUGUGACUCGCUCGGAUACAGUUCUAGUAGUAGCAGCGAUGAUCUGGUUGCUCUGGCUCUCGGUGGCCCUAAGUGUGCUCGUGCACUGGACCUACAAAGUAAACAAAGACUACUAUAUACUGGCUGGCUUGGCCAGGAGAGUGAGGACCAAGGAUGGCAGGCCCCUGGAGAGUAUGCUGCCCAUGCCCAAGGGUCGCACCAUAUUCGCCAAUAGCUUCGACUUGUUUGGCAAAGACGCCGCGGGAGUUUUUGAACACCUUCGUAAACAGGCAAGAGAGUGCCGCGAGAGCUAUCUCCAGUAUGCCAUGGGCUGGUCCAGUUACAACGUUAUCGAUGCCCACAAUGCAGGCAAUAUACUGAAUCAUCCCAACCUUAUAAGCAAGAGUGCCAUCUAUAAUUUUCUGCAUCCCUUCCUCAGAACGGGAGUGCUGACAGCCACAGAAAAGAAAUGGCACAAACGCAGAAACAUGCUGACCAGAACCUUUCAUUACGAUAUACUGAACCAGUUCCAAGAGAUCUUUGUAGCGGAAAGCCUGAAGUUUGUUGACCAGUUUGAAGGCCAAAAUGAGUGCACUGUCUCGCUGAAAGAUCGCCUGGCCAGAUUUACCCUAAACAGCAUAUGUGAAACUGCCAUGGGCAUUAAACUGGAUGAAAUGGCUGAGAAGGGCGAUCGUUAUAGGGAGAACUUCCUCCGCAUAGAUGAGAGCUUCAUUCGCCGCAUAAGUAAUCCUCUGUUUUGGGAUGACUGCGUGUACAACCUGUUUGCAGCCCGGGAAUAUGAAACAGCUCUUAAGGUGGUCCAUGAUUUUUCCAGUGAAAUAAUAGCCAAGAGGAGAGUUCUCUUAGAAGAGGAACUGGAGUACAGAAGAGCCACUCAAACAGCUGAUGAUGAUAUGUGUGUAGUCAGAAAGAAGCGAUUUGCCAUGCUGGACACUUUGAUUUGUGCAGAAAAAGAUGGUCUCAUUGAUCACAUAGGCAUCUGUGAGGAGGUGGACACUCUGAUGGCCGAGGGUUAUGAUACCACCUCUAUAAGCCUGCUCUUUGCUUUGCUAAAUAUGUCGGUUUAUGCUGAACAGCAAGAGCUGUGCUACCAGGAAAUACAGGAGAAUAUAGAGGACGACUUGAGCAACCUGAACAUGGGUCAGCUGACUAGACUGAGACAUCUGGAAUACUUUAUAAAGGAGACCAUGCGCCUGUAUCCCUCUAUACCUAUAAUGGGUCGUCAGACCAUCGAGGAGACCGAGCUGGAUAAUGGUCUCAUCCUGCCCAAGCGUUCCCAAAUAAAUAUACAUGUCUAUGACAUCCAUCGCAAUCCCAAGUACUGGGAUUCCCCUGAGGAAUUUCGUCCUGAAAGAUUCCUGCCCGAGAACUGUCAGAACCGGCAUGCCUAUGCCUAUAUCCCAUUCAGUGCUGGACAAAGAAACUGCAUUGGUCAAAAGUAUGCCAUGCAGGAGAUGAAGACCCUUUUGGUGGUCAUCCUCAAGCAGUUUAGGAUUCUGCCCGUUAUCGAUCCCAAGUCCAUUGUCUUUCAGACUGGGAUAACCCUGCGCUUCAAGGACACAAUAAAAGUCAAGCUAGUGAGGCGGCAGUGAUUUUUAUAUAGCUCAUCGUUUUAAGGAGAUUAUAUAUUUAGUAUAUUUACAAGUGCCAAUUUGGAUUAAGUACUUUGUACUUGCCAUGAUUUUUCUUAGCAUUGUGAAAUGUAUUCAUAUUCAUAUUGAAAUCAUGAGUAGCAAUAAUAAAUAAAUUUCAUAUUUUGUAUACAGA